UCUAUUUUAACUAAACGUUUCUAAGGCGAACAAGAUGAUAUCUGACGAGCUUAACCAAAGUCUUAACGGAAAAACGACACACGAUGUCCUUAAGGCUGCAUCUGUUAAUACAACAGGGCUAUAUAUUCCUGACGAGAAUAUUAACUCAGAUAACGUCGAGGAAGUGACUAAGGUUAUCAUCUGCUCGGUUUUGAGCGAGGUGCCUGUUAUUGGCUCGUUGCUCUCGGGCUUGCUAGAUGCAUUCUGGCCAGGCGGCCCAACAGAUAUCUGGGAGAGUAUCAAGGGCAAGGUGGAAGCUCUUGUAGACGAAAAGAUUCAACAACAUGAGGCCACGAUGAUGAGACAGAAACUUCACGGUAUCUACCUCGUACUCAAGAACUUGACGGAUCAGCCACCACUUAGCCAGGCUAGGAAUUUCCACUCGACUCUCACCUUUCUCUGCCUCGAAGCGCCAUCAUUCAUCGAGAACGAAUCCCCUUGGUACUGUCUUCCCUUCAUUAUUCCCUUUGGUACGCUGUAUAUAUCUGCGCUUUGGACUCGGUGCAAAUACUGCAUUGACAUCGAUGGUACAGAUUCGUCAAAGGAUAAAUAUGAACAAAAUCUUGCAAAGGCAAUCGAAGAUUUCCAAGCUGCAGUCGCCAAAGCAAGGACCCAAUGCAUUGAGAAGCGGAAGAAGGAGAUUAACCAUAAAGAAUGGGAUUAUGUUAAUGGGAUUACAUACCAUGAGGUGGAAGACCAGCGUACCCAUUCCAACCUUACCAUUUCAUCGGAUAAGGUUUCAUCCGAUGCAAACAAAGCCAAAUUGUUCGAGCAACUCAACUACGAUAUUGAUUCCCAAUAUGGAGGGGAACUUGACACAAUCCUUGCACCCACUCGUCUUUGGGAGCGAUACAAGCCUGGCUAUGUAGCCCAGAUCCAAUACUAUCAGCACCUGGAGUAUCCUCGAUGGUUAUGGAAUGGCAUCUCGCCGACAACAACGCGCUUUGAUACGAGUUGGUUCCAUCGGACUAAGGGAAAGCUUGACAGGAUUGUUUGUUACCACACUGACAUUGGUGGCAAUAAGCAAGUGGUAGGCAUGCAGCUGGCCUACGGUGACUAUCACCUUAAUAUCGGAGGAAGGCGAGGUACGUGUACUUCCAUGUACAUUGAUUACAAUGAAGAGGUCGUCAAUGUGCGCGCCACAGCUUCAAAGAAGUAUAAUACACUGGAAACCAUACAGUUCACGAAGGCGCGGCAAACCUUCGACAGUCAAGGCCGUGCAAAGUUCGACAAUUACUCAAGUAUCGGAAAUGCUAAAGAACUAGUUAUUCCCACAGGGAUGGGGUUCAUGGGAUCACUUGCGUUUCUUGCUGCCCAGGUCAAUACUGAAGAGCUUCACUUUAUCCAUAAUAGUGAAACCGCAAAGCCACAUCCUGCAAGCAUGGUUGGGGCUUGUGGAUGGUCUCACGAUGACGACGAUGAAGGGUUCAUUGGUUUAUUCCAGCCUGUCUUUGGAUGUUGGGAAAAAAUCGCGCUGGAUGGAGGGUCUACUUGGUCGCUAAGGGAUCCUCGUCUAUAAGCCUCAGGUAUUAAGCAGGAAGAAGAGGCAGGAUGCAAUAAGGCUAG